AUGACCGUUGUAGAUGAUUUAAAGGCGUUCAUGACAGGCAGGACCACGCGCCUCAUCCUGGCGCACGGCACGGGCCACAGCGGGUGGUGCUGGUACAAGGUGGCCACCCUGCUCCGCGUCGCAGGGCACUGCGUGGAUGCGUCGGACCUCGCAGCCUGCGGCGCCAACGCGCGCCGGCUGCGCAACACGCCCACCUUCGAGGACUACACCCGCCCAUUGUUGGACGCGCUCCGCGACUUCCCGGACGGCGAGAGGGCGGUGGAAGUGGACCACAACUUCGGCGGGAUGAGCAUCAUGCUCGCAUCCGAGGAGUUCCCUGACAAGGUCGCGGCCGCCGUGUUCGUCACCGCCUUCAUGCCGGACUGCGCCAGCCCACGCAGCCGGCGCCGCAAAAGUCGGGACGCUCGAUUUGCUACUGGCACCCACUGGUCGCCAUGUGCAUGA